CCAGGUUCAGCAAUAGGAGGUCAGGUAAACAGGAGAAGACAGAAGAAUGGUCAAGACAAGCCAGGGGUCAGGGAAGGAGAUGGUCACGGCAAUCCGGGUCAGGCUGGGUCGGCAACAAAGGCAAUCUCUCAGGAACAACGAACAGGAACAGCAGGAGUAAGACCAUACGGCAAUUUGAGCACUGCAAAGGUCUGUUUAAAUAGGGCGCCCUGCGCCGUCAUUGGUGCCCAGCACGCACCCGUAUGCGCGAGUGCGCAUGCGCGGCCGCAACUGCCACCGUGGGUCCCAGGGCCCGCAUGUUGCUGCGCCUAGGUAAUUCGCACCUGCGCAGUCCUGUGUGCCGCAGCGGAACCCGGGAUUCCUGA